AUGAAAAGAAAAAGUAAAAAUAAGUUUAUAUGAGAUGAAGGAGAGAGAAAGAAAGAGAGAGAGAGAGAGAGAGAGAGAGAGAGAUGGGUUGCAUCGUGAAUCUCAACAGCGCAGCAACCGCUUCACUUCGGUUGACCUCUCCGACUGAAGGCGACAAGAAGGAGCGUGGAUUUUGUUGUUUUCCCCGUCGCCGCCACCGUCGUCAUCAUCAGUUCCGACCCCCUUCCGUUCCAACCGCCACCAAUUCCCGUUCCCAUUCUCUGACCGUCACCAAUGAAGCGCUCAAUGUUAUGAUUUCUGGGGCUCCCGCUUCUGCCAAAGCCACCCAGUGCCACCUAAUCGCCGACAAGAUGGUCAAGGAUCGUGGUUGGCUUUUGGAUGCUUAUCCCAGGAGCUUGUCUCAGGCCACUGCACUUAAGGGAUUUGGGUUUCAGCCUCAUACUUUUCUUCUUCUAGAGGAUUCUUUCAUUCGAGCUGCCUAUACCCGAAGAUCUCGUGGUGAAGCUGCAAAGAAGCCGAACAGGAAAUCAUGGAAGCAGAGGACAGAUAUGUACAUGAGACCAUUCUUGUUAAAUGUUUUCUUCUCAAAAAGAUUUAUUCAUGCAAAAGUGGUACACCGUGGAACGAGCAAAGUCAUAUGUGUCGCCACCACAAACGCCAAGGAUCUUCGAACCUCCCUUCCAUCCUUGAUAGAUCAUAACGCAUGUAGAGUGGUUGGAAGGCUUAUUGCUGAGCGAUCAAUGGAAGCUGAUGUAUUCGCAGUGGCGUAUGAACCCAGAAAGGAUGAAAGAAUUGAAGGUAGACUAGGGAUAGUUCUUGACACUAUUAAGGAAAACGGGAUUAUUUUUAUUUGACCUCAUUUUUAACUACUUGUAGUGUAACAAAUAUUGUUUUAUUGUUUAUGGUUCAUUUCUGCAUUAAUUUCCUAGUUGAUGAAUUAUGAUUUUGUU